AUGUCAUAUCCACAGCUGGGAUAUCAUUACUCGUCUGCACCCCAGUUCCUAAUGGCCACCAAUUCUUUGACGACUUGCUGCGAAUCAAGUGGCAGAACUCUUGCGGAGACCGGGGUGGCCGCCUCUUCCCAGACGCCAGUUUAUUGUCCUGUUUACGAGAGUCGUCUUUUGGCCACCGCCAGGCACGAGCUGAACCCUGCAGCCACUAUGGGUGUUUAUGGAAAUCCGUAUACCAGCAGCCAGUGCUAUGGAAACUAUGUUACUUAUGGCGCUGACGCAUCCGCUUUUUAUUCUCUGAGUACAUUUGACUCCAAAGAUGGAACAGCAUCUGCGCAUGCGGGGAUCACUCAAGCUGCUGCUUACUAUCCUUAUGACGCUACUUUGGGGCAGUAUCAAUAUGACAGAUAUGGAUCAAUGGAUGGAGGUACACGGAGAAAAAACGCCACCCGCGAAACAACAAGUACAUUAAAAGCUUGGCUACAGGAGCACAAGAAAAACCCUUACCCCACCAAAGGAGAAAAGAUUAUGUUGGCUAUCAUUACAAAGAUGACCCUCACGCAGGUCUCCACCUGGUUCGCCAAUGCGAGGCGGAGACUCAAGAAAGAGAAUAAGAUGACUUGGCCUCCUCGAACCAAAAGUUCUGAUGAGAAAGGCUAUGAUGACGAUGCGGACGAAGAGACUUCCCAAGAACAACAUAUAAAAAGCGAGCGGGAAGACCAUGAGAAUCGAAGCACGAAAGAUAAGGAUCUACAACUGAGUGAUCUGGAUGACAUCGGUUCUAUUGAGUCAGAGACUUCCGAAUGCGAACUGAAGCCUCCGUGUCAUGUGACAACCCACAUGUGGACAACGGAUUGUCGGAAUGAUCAUCCCAAAGGAGCAUCCGUUCCAGUUUCUCUGGGAGGUGUAGAGGAGUUGUCAAAAAACUGUUUGCGAACGGCCCCGGAGGACUGUGAACACAAUGCAGCCAAGGCCAGGUCAGCGAAGACAUUCUAUCAACAAGAUCACCAAAUAUCAGCAAGCAAACCAAAAAUAUGGUCCCUUGCGCAAACUGCAACGUCUUUGAACCAAGCCGAAUAUCCCUCCUGUAUGCACAAAGGCCAGCCGACGGCACCCCCCUCUCCAGGGUUUUCCUCAACUGCAGUGAUGGAAAGACAACAGGAUUCGCCUGUCGCCACUCUUAGAAACUGGGUAGACGGGGUCUUCCAUGACCCAUUAUUUCGACACAACACCUUGAAUCAGGCAUUGGCUAACACUACGGUGUCUUGGGCCGGGACCAAAGGUGCCAUACUGGAGACAGGCGCGCUCGCGAGUUCUGUUGGAAACAACGAGACCAAGGAACACAUAACGUAUUUACAGCACAAGGACUCAAAUAAAGACAGAAUGGUAUUCCCUAAAACGGGAAACAAAAUAUUCUGCUCUUAA